AAAACCCACUAACCGGAGUCUCCACGUGCAGUUUGAGUUGGGAUUUAGAGAGAGAGCAGAAGCACCACCCCUUUCGCCCUUCCCUUCUCUCUCUCUCUCUCUCAAAAUCUAUCGUCACUUUUGCAACCAGAGAAAGCUUCUCUGCCUUCGGCCACCGAUCGUUUGGUUUCUGGGCAAAUAAAUGUUUUCCCAAUUGAGCUGUCGCUUUCCGGGAAUAUUUCCGGUGGCAAAGUGAUAGUUGCCUUUGCUUCUCAACCGCCAAUACCGAUUAGAGUUGGAGCAUGCGAGAUCUGGAUAACUGGAAUUCUGAUCGAUUGCCAAUUGAAAAGAGGAUGGAUUGGGGUCUGGGAACUAAGAUGCGUCUGUUUGCGACUUGUUUGUUCGUAUCUUGAAACCUAUGGGGUGUGGAUUUGUAGGUGAAGAAUUCGGUCUCUUCUGGUUGUCUGGUUGUUUUGGGGAUAGAUUUCCAGUUCGAAAAACUAUAUUGUCCUGUGGGUUGCUUUUGUGAUUUGGUGUCUAGAGAUGAAAAUAGAGAUGGGGACGGCGGGCGGCGGGGUUUGGAGUGAUGAAGAUAAGGCUUUGGCGGCCGCGGUUUUGGGGACUAGGGCUUUUGAUUACUUGAUGUCGAGCUUGGUCUCGUCCGAAGGCUCUUUGGUGGCGAUAGGGAGUGAUGAGAACUUGCAGAAUAAGCUCUCAGAUCUGGUGGACCGCCCCAACGCAGCCAAUUUCAGCUGGAAUUAUGCGAUUUUCUGGCAAAUUUCGCGAUCCCGGACAGGUGAUUUGGUGUUAGGAUGGGGGGAUGGGUCCUGUAGAGAGCCCAAGGAAGGGGAGGAGUCUGAAGUAUUGCGGAUUCUGAAUUUCAGGCUCGAGGAUGAGACCCAACAGAGGAUGAGGAAAAGGGUACUUCAGAAAUUGCAUACAUUGUCUGGGGGAUUGGAUGAAGAUGGUUAUGCCUUUGGAUUGGACAGGGUUACGGAUACUGAAAUGUUCUUCUUGGCAUCCAUGUACUUUCUGUUCCCUCGAGGAGAAGGCGGCCCGGGGAAAUGUUUUGCAUCUGGGAAGCAUGUGUGGCUCUCGGACAUAUUGAAGACGUCGGAUGAAUAUUGUGUUAGAUCAUUCCUUGCAAAGUCUUCUGGAAUCCAGACUGUUGUUUUGAUCCCGACUGAUAUCGGCGUUGUUGAAUUAGGAUCGGUGAGAUCCAUACCUGAGAGCUUGGAGCUGGUUCAGUCAAUGAGAUCAUCAUUUUCGUCGUUUUCAUCCCUACUCAGGGCCAAGACAAUAGCAGCCACUCCGGUUUUGAGUGAGAAGAAAGAAGGCAGUGCUCAUUUCUUGAACGUGCGUGUUGGGGAUGGGGUUCCAAAGAUCUUUGGGCAGGAUUUGAACAUGGUUCGCUCCCAAUUCAGGGAGAAGCUUGCUGUUCGAAAGGCCGAGGAGAGGCCUUGGGAGGCAUAUCCAAAUGGAAGUCAGAAUCCAUUUACAAAUGCUCGAAAUGGACUUCACGGUUCAGGUUGGACCCAAUUCCAUGGAGGGAAACAGUCGUCGGUGCUAGAAAUUUAUAGCCCUCAGACUCCAGUGAACAAUCCACCUGGCCUUGUCAAUGGUUUCAGGGAAGACUUCCGGCUUAAGAACUACCUGCCUCCAAAAUCAGUACCGUUGCAGAUUGAUUUCACGGGAGGUGCCACAUCGAGGCCUUGUACGAUACCUGGUCCAGUUAGUGUUGAAUCUGAGCAUUCAGAUGUUGAGGCUUCGGUGAAGGAUGAGCAGGCUGACCAAGCAGAUGGAAAGAGGCCUCGGAAGCGGGGAAGGAAGCCUGCAAAUGGAAGAGAAGAGGCCCUCAAUCAUGUUGAAGCUGAGAGGCAGCGGAGAGAAAAGCUGAACCAAAGGUUCUAUGCACUGCGAGCAGUUGUCCCCAAUAUCUCAAAGAUGGACAAAGCCUCGCUGUUGGGAGAUGCCAUUGCUUACAUUACUGAGCUCCAGAAGAAGCUCAAGGACAUGGAAUCCGAGAGGGAAAAAUUGGGAAGUACCUCAAGGGAAUCGUUCCCUGAAGAGGCCAGUAACCCAACUACAGAAAACCGAAACCAAGUUCCUGAGAUCAAAAUCGAAGCUGCUGCUCCUGAUGAAGUCAUCGUAAGGGUUAGCUGCCAUUUGGAUACCCAUCCUGUAUCAAGAGUCAUCCGAGCGUUCAAAGAGGCGCAGAUCACAGUCGUGGACUCGAAACUUGCCGCCGGGACCGACACCGUGUUUCACACAUUUGUGAUCAAGUCUCAAGGCUUGGAACAGGUCACAAAGGAAAGGUUAAUUGCUGCAUUAUCUGGUGAAUCCAACUCCUUGUAGCCUUAAUCAUAUAUGCUGGAUAAUACUGUAUUUUGCUUAGUUUGUAGGCCAAAUAUGUUAAUGUGACAGGUAGAAGCCAUUGAACAGCUUCUGCUGUGGCACAGGCAUUCAAACAGAGGAUGGAUCUUAAGCACUAAGGAGCAGCAGUGCCAGUGCUGGCUAGAAAAUAGAAAAAUAACUAGUAUUGACCAAGUAGGGUAGCAAUUUUCUCUCUUUGUUUAUAGUAUAAAUAUUCUGUCACUUCAUAUGGAAGUAUUAUCGCAAGAUUAUUGAACCCCCUUUUUUUUUUUGGCUUGUUUCAGCCCCUGAUAUAUAUAUAGUUCCUUCCUCUUCUUUCAUUAA